AUGGCUUCAUCGGACGCAGCAGAACACGCGCGCGUGAGCGGCCUCUUCGCCGAGGUCGUGGGCCGCUCCAAGGCGCUCGUCGGCGGCUUCCUCUCCGUGGACGCGGCCUCCGACAGCGCGUCGGUGCAACUGGUCUGGGCCAAGACGGACCUGGUCAACAACGUGACGCACAAGUACCAGGUGCAGCACCACGUGAGCCACUUGACGCAGACGCAGCCAAAGGUUCUCGGCACGGGCUUCCCCACCCCUUGGUCGGCCGACUACACGAGUGUCUCGCCCUCCGGCAAGCGCGUGGUGACGCUCAAACUCGACAAGGGGAAGGGGGAGGGCGCCCCUGAGGGGCUUUUCUCUGCAGUUUUUGAAGAUCGCAAGCUGGUGUCGGCGUUUAAGGCGCCCAAGACGCUGCACGGGGCCAUCUACCUGGGAGAACGGGAGGGCGGCAUCGCCUGGUCGCACGACGAGAAGACCAUCGCGUACGUUGCUGAGAAGAAAGUGGCCGAAUCGCCGACGUUCUGGGAGAACGUGAACAGCAAGAAGGAGAAGAAGGAGAAUGACGAGUCGAUGACCCCUCUCCCUGGUGCCAAGUUCGAGUACGAGGACGACUGGGGCGAGCAGUACGAGGGGAAGAAGACAGCGUCCAUCUUCUUGGCCACGUUGGCCACGGGGAAGAUCGAGGAAGUGAAGGGGGUGCCGGCCAACUUGACGUGUGCUGAUGUGGCCUUUGUGCCCGGAGAUAACGAGCUGGUGUUUGCAGCCACUGAGACGGACAACCCGAAGCGACUGGGCAUCAUCUACUGCUAUAACCGCCCGAUCGCGCUGUAUCAUGUGGUGCUAGACAGGGAAGAUCAAUCGAAGAACGUGGUGAAGAAGCUGGAAUUGACCCCGCAGGACGAAGAGAGCAAGGAGAUUGGAACGAUGAGGAACCCUAGGUUCUCUCCGGACGGCAAGCAGCUCGCGUUCCUCUCCACGCGAGACAUUGCCACCCACGGAACGUGCAGCUUUCUGUGCGUGACAGACUGGGCCACGAAGCAGACGUCGACGGUGAUCUCCAUCAAGGACGAGCCCGACGCAUCUGCACUUGACGUCACGAAAGUGUUUAACGGACUGUUCACUGGCUCACUGGGUGAAAAUGCCUGGUCGCCAGACGGGAAGUACAUCUACGUGGUGUCCCAAGUGGGCUCGCGUCAGGUGUGGAAGUACGUUGAGGUCGCGACAAAGCGAUUGAUCUCUCCCGAGUACGUGGAAGGUCUUGGCGUCGCCAUUGAGACGGUGCUUGACCGCAAGGGCGACUACUUCUUGGUGAUGGUGUCCUCGCCUACGCGCCCUGCGAGCGUGUUCCUUGUGCACAUUGACACAACGAGUGGUAAGCACAUUGGAUCUUCGAUCUCGAUUGAAGACCAGAAGGGGGCUACGGACUACAUCAAGCGCUGGGAGGUGUACUCGAUUCCUGCGUCUGUGUCGGACGUUCCAGCUACUGAGAAGAAGCUCCCUGAGACGCCUGCUGUGCUGACGAAUCUGCUGAUCCCGUCGGUGUCUAGCUCCAGUGACUACGAGGCAACAGUGAUGCUGCCAAGCAGUUCCCCGCCUGCCGACGGCUACCCCGUCAUUCUGGAGUUGCAUGGAGGACCGCAUGGAAACUCGCCAGUCAUGUACCGUGGCAUGUGUGACUUCUGGGCUGCCUUGGGUUUUGCCAUCGUCACUGUGAACUACCGAGGCAGUACCGGGUUUGGAAUCAAGGCAUUGGAGUCGCUGAUUGGGAAGGUGGGCACUCAAGACGUGUACGACUGUCACUACGCGCUGUGCUACCUUCUGGAGAAGAGCUCGAGGCUUGGCCUGUCGCUAGAUAAGUCCCGUGUCCACUGUUCUGGUGGAAGUCACGGCGGGUUCCUCGUGACGCACCUCAUCGCGCAGUUCCCUGGAUUCUACAAGUCCAUGGUGACGCGCAACCCCGUCACGAACAUGUCGAGUGUGUUCUACACUUCAGACAUCCAGGACUGGGGCCUUGCCUGUGCUGGUAUCCAGCGCUUCGAGUCGAUUCACACGUCGCAGAAGCUGCAGAACUCCAAGGACGAGCUCCCUCCUCUCACCCCUGAAGCGCGUUUGGCAAUCCUCAGCAAGUUGUGGCAGCACUCGCCCGUGAGCAACGAUCUUAGUAAGGUCACGACGCCGUCGCUGUUUGGACUGGGCGGGAAGGACAAGCGUGUGCCACCUAACCAAGGUUUGGAGUAUCGGGCGACGAUCGCGAGCUACGGAGUUCCAACACAGCUCCUGUGGUAUCCCGAAGACUCGCACCCGUUGGGCUCCGUGGAGGCUUUUGGCGACUUCUCUGUCAACUGGGGGCUGUGGCUGCUCAAGUAUAACCCCAAGUAA